AUGCCUCAGACCGCUGCUCCGAGACACACUUCUCACCAUCAUACAUCAGAUAGUAAUACCUCCCAGACACAACCACCAACAGCAACUACACCCCGCUUCCGUCAUCAACAGAAGACAGGUCGACAUACCCCAUCUCAGUCGAGUUCUGGACAAUUCAACCAUACUCUCAGUAUUCCGGGAGUCGCACAUAGGAGGCAGAACUCCGUUCAAUCUGCUCUGAACUCGCCGUUGCUGGUGCCCAAGAGCCCAGGGGGUACAGUACUGCAGAGCAUCAGAAAGACGGCGAGCAUUGCGGGCUUCAGCCUGGGUAGGCCGACUAAGUACGACCAAGACGAUGAGGUCAGAGGUGUGGAAGAUGAGGAAGGAUUUGAAGAUGAGGCGGAGAAGAGGAAUGGAACUAGAGUAUGCUCGUAUGUGACAAUCGACUGGAUACACGAUGCAAUCAAGGAGUCCACGCGUGUCCGCCGUCUAAGACACAACUCCCACCGGUCUAUGAGAGGUGCUAUCGCCAAUUCUUGGGACAGAUUUCAAGGCUGGCUGGUUGUCACCAUCAUCGGCAUCGUCACCGCUGUCAUCGCUUUCCUGAUCAUUCGUGCCGAGAUGGCCCUUUUCGACCUCAAAGAAGGUUUUUGUUCUACUUCUUGGGGAACAGCCAAACGUUUCUGCUGCGCACCUAAGCAUCACCGUCUUCCUGGUAGUGGGGAAGAAGAUUGUGGGGAUUGGAUCGAAUGGGGAGAAUUUUUCUCUCCUGAGGAUCGGCACGGUCCAGCAGGUAAUUGGUUCUGGGGAAGGUCGGAAUUCAUUGCUUACGGUGUCGUUGCUCUGGGUUUGGCCACUCUGGCAUCCUGCAUGACAGUCUACCUCUCCUCCUCUGCUCACAGCGCUACAUCCAAAGAUUCAAACUUUCUCAUUCCUGUGCCUUCGGAAGAGGAUAUCACAUCGGCUACGCAGAAGACGCCGACCGAACGUCAGCCAUUGUUGGAUGCGUCUUUUCACACCGAGCCGUUAGACGUCGGCGUGCGAAGUGAAGCCCCACGCAAGACAAUGUAUUACGCAGCGGGAAGUGGUAUCCCCGAGAUAAAGACCAUCCUAUCCGGUUUCGUCAUACAUGGAUAUUUAGGAGGAUGGACUUUACUCACUAAGAGCGUGGGACUAGCUCUCAGUGUGGCUUCUGGCUUGUCGUUGGGAAAAGAAGGCCCGCUGGUUCACAUCAGCUGCUGCGUGGGUAAUAUCGUUUCCCGGCUAUUUGUGAAAUUUGAAUGCAAUGAGGCCAAGCGCCGUGAAGUACUGUCUGCUGCGUGUGCGGCUGGUGUAGCCGUCGCCUUUGGUGCCCCAAUCGGAGGUGUUCUCUUUUCGUUAGAAGAGGUAUCUUACUACUUCCCUCCAAAGGUCAUGUGGCGAAGUUUCUGGUGCGCAGCAGUAGCUGCCAUAACAUUAAAGAGUCUUAAUCCGUUCGGCAAUGGCAGUCUAGUGCUUUUCGCCGUGACGUAUACGAAACAAUAUCAUUAUUGGGAAUAUAGCAUCUUCGUCCUUCUUGGUAUCUUCGGGGGCGUCUACGGAGCGAUUUUCUCGCGAUUGAAUAUCCUCUGGUCAAGGAAUGUCAGACAAGGCACUUGGGUCGGACGACAUCCUAUCAUUGAGGUCAUGCUGGUUACGUUACUCACAACGGCUGUAUCGUUUUUAAAUCCUUAUUGCCGGAUGGGCGGGACGGAGCUUGUGGCCAGUCUCUUUGCGGAAUGCAAGAACAACUCGUCCAAUCCCCUCUGCGCUCAACACCCACAUGAGAUUGCCUCGGUCAUAUCUACUAUCGGCUUUGCUCUUUUGAUCAAAGGUGCUCUGACUAUCAUCACGUUCGGCAUCAAACUCCCUGCUGGUAUCUUCAUCCCAUCUCUUGUCGUCGGUGCUUGCUUCGGUCGCAUCAUCGGCCUGACAUUGGAAUGGCUCGAAUUUGCUUUUCCCGAUUUACCGAUCUUCGGUGUGUGCACAGGUACGGACUGCAUCGUCCCUGGUCUAUAUGCCAUGGUGGGCGCUGCUGCCACCUUAGCUGGAGUAACGCGAACUACUGUUUCUUUGGCUGUGAUCGUCAUUGAGCUUACAGCGUCUCUGAACUACGUGGUCCCGAUCAUGCUCGGUGUGCUGGUAGCUAAAACUGUGGCGGAUGGUUUGGAGAAAAAAGGGAUAUACGAUCUCGUGAUUGAUCUCAACCAACUCCCAUUCCUCGAUAGUAAACACGAAUAUCUCUGGGGCGGUCGACGAGCGAUCGACGUGGCGGAUCACGAAGUCCCUUUUCUCCGCGCGGACAAAGUCAACAGUGUCCGUCGACUUACGGGACAAUUGUUGGCUUUGGUCAGAACCGAUAUGGCCGAUACUGGGUUCCCAUUGUUAGUGAAGGAGAAUUCAAAUUCUCUAAGGAUCGUAGGGUUUUUAGGUAUGAACGAGCUGGAGCAUGCUUUAAGAACACUACAAGAUGAACCUGAAGCUGAACUUCAAUUGAUGCCCAAUGACGCUAGUAGACAACAAAGUACAAUGUCAAUAUUUAGUUUUGCUGAAUCGGUUAAUGACCGAUAUGAUCCAUAUGAUAUUUCUCGUUAUGUGGAUAGAGCUCCUAUCACAGUCCAAAAAGAUUCUCCUCUGGAACUUGUUCAACAAUUAUUCGUCAAGCUAGGCGCUAGUCAGUUGUUGGUAGUAGAUCAUCGGGGUUGUUUCAAAGGUAUGAUCACGAAAAAAGCUUGGUUGAGAUUUCUUUCAGAAUUAGAAGAAAAAUCUAUAUAA